AUGUGUAAGUACUUGUCCACCGAAGCAGUAUUGGGAGGAAGGAUAAAAACAUGAUCAAGAUUCAGGCGACAUUGAUCUAGGCUCAGAUCAAGGUCCACGCUAUAAAGCAUUCGGAAAAUUCAAGCUCUUCGCGGCAGAAAUCCAAUGCAUGAUAUUCAAGCAAUACUUCCCGGACCCUCAAUUAAUCCAAUUCAAAUUCAAGAUCGAGGAAGAACAAAACCACAACGAGGGAAGAAUCGAUGUGGAACUCACAUGCAACCUGCCCACAAACCCUACCAUGCUGCCAUUACUCCAAGCAUGCACAAUUUCUCAAAAUGAGGUAUUCGACACUUUAAAGAGGUUGAAGUUAUUUGAUGAAGUCGAAAAUUCAGAGUACAAGGUGUUUUACCAUUUCCUAAAGCAUCAUUUUUCGACGGGGAAUACCUCUUUCUCCGUCUGCAUGAGACCCAAAAAAGAUACUCUUGUGUUGGAAAGUCCGCAACUUAUAUCCCUUUACCGCUAUGGAGGCUAUAUCACUAUGAAUAACAUAACACACUUUGCUCUCGCCGACGUUGAUCCUCGUAGGUGGGAGAGGACCCUCGGGACCCCCUUAGCUAGCGAAACCAAAGUUGCGAGCAUUCAAGCACAUUUAUUUCAACUUUACAUUUGUCCAGCUCUGGAAAAGAUAUAA